AUGGCGGGACAGUUGCCGAUUAAAUUCCAAGAGCAUUUACAACUUCAAAAUGUCGGUAUCAAUGUUACCAAUAUCGGAUUUAGCUCACUCACGAUGGAAUCCGAUAAAUUCAUAUGUGUACGAGAGAAAGUUAAUGAUACAGCGUUCGUUAUUAUCAUUGACAUGGCUGAUCCGAACAAUCCGAUCAAGCGACCAAUUACAGCUGAUUCAGCCAUCAUGAAUCCAGCCAGUAAAGUCAUUGCUUUGAAAGCUGGUAAAACUUUGCAAAUUUUCAAUAUUGAAUUACGUAGCCGAAUGAAAACGUUUAAUAUGACAGAAGAUUGUAUUUUCUGGAAAUGGGUCAGUAUAAAUACCAUUGGUAUUGUGACUGAAACAUCGGUAUACCAUUGGACUACGGAAGGUGACAGUCAACCAUUGAAGAUGUUCGAUCGCCAUCCAACUUUACAAGGCUGUCAGAUCAUUAAUUACCGUACUGAUGAUUCGUUACAAUGGCUUCUCGUAAAUGGUAUCCAAGCACAAGAAGGCCGUGUCGUUGGCCGUAUGCAGCUUUACUCCGUUGAGCGCAAAGUUUCUCAACCAAUCGAAGGCCAUGCUGCUGCAUUUACUCAAUUUAAACUCGAAGGAAACAAGAAAUCAUCUACACUAUUUUCCUUUGCUGUGCGAGGACAACAAGGAGGAAAACUUCAUAUCAUUGAAGUCGGUACGCCAGCACCUGAAAAUCAACCAUUCCAGAAGAAGGCAAUCGAUGUGCAAUUUCCAGCCGAAGCGCCGAAUGAUUUUCCAGUGGCGAUGCAAACAUCGGCCAAACAUGGUGUUAUUUAUCUAGUCACAAAAUAUGGUUAUGUUCACGUUUUCGAUAUCGAAAGCGGAACAUUGAUCUACAUGAAUCGUAUUAGUGCUGAUACAAUGUUUGUUACAGCGCCCUAUGAACCAACAUCAGGCAUCAUUGCUGUCAAUCGCAAAGGACAAGUUCUGUCAGUUAGUGUUGACGAAGAGAAUGUCGUGUCUUAUAUUCAAAAUACACUAGGCAAUGCUGAUCUUGCUUAUAAGAUGUCAGCUCGAUGUAAUUUACCAGGUGCCGAUCAACUAUUCGUUUCAAGAUUCACACAAUUAUUCCAAAGUGGAAACUACGGCGAAGCUGCCAAAGUCGCCGCUACAGCACCACGAGGAAUUCUUCGUACGCAACAAACAAUUCAACAAUUUCAAACAGUUCCACCUCAGCCAAAUCAACCAUCACCUUUACUUCAAUAUUUUAGUAUUUUACUAGAAUCAAGCAAAUUAAAUAAGGAGGAAUCAAUUGAAUUAUGUAAACCAGUUGUCAUGCAAGGAAAAAAACAACUAUUAGAAAAAUGGUUGAAGGAAGAUAAGCUCGAAUGCAGCGAACAACUAGGUGAUCUUGUUAAAUCAGUCGAUCCCACAUUAGCUUUGUCGGUUUACUUACGUGCUAAUGUACCUAUGAAAGUCAUCCAAUGCUUUGCUGAAACAGGUCAAUAUCAAAAGAUUGUUCUCUAUGCCAAAAAAGUCAAUUACCAACCUGAUUAUAUAUUUUUACUUCGAAACAUUAUGAGAAUCAAUCCUGAGCAAGGUGUUCAAUUUGCUCAAUUGCUUGUUCAAGACGAAGAACCAAUGGCUGAUUUAACUCAAGUCGUUGACGUUUUCCUUGAACAAAACCUCAUUCAACAAUGCACGGCAUUUUUAUUGGAAGCAUUGAAGAAUAAUCGUGAAGAUCAAGGUCAUUUACAAACACGAUUAUUAGAAAUGAAUCUAAUGCAAGCACCUCAAGUAGCCGAUGCCAUUUUGGGUAAUAACAUGUUUACUCAUUACGACAAACCACACAUUGCUCAACUAUGCGAAAAGGCUGGUUUACUUCAACGCGCACUUGAACAUUAUACAGAUUUGUAUGACAUCAAACGCGCUGUCGUACACACGCACUUGCUUAAUCCAGAUUGGUUGGUAAACUACUUCGGACGAUUGUCCGUCGAAGAUUGCGUAGAAUGUCUCAAAGCAAUGCUUCAAGCUAAUAUUCGACAAAAUUUACAAGUUGUUGUUCAAAUCGCCACUAAGUACCAUGAACAGCUCGGAACUCAAAAGCUAAUCGAAUUAUUCGAAUCAUUCAAAAGCUAUGAAGGUCUUUUCUACUUUCUGGGUUCGAUCGUUAACUUUAGCCAAGAACCGGAUGUACAUUUCAAGUACAUUCAAGCUGCAUGUAAAACAGGCCAAAUCAAGGAAGUCGAACGUAUUUGCCGAGAAUCGAAUUGCUAUGAUCCCGAACGGGUAAAGAACUUUUUGAAAGAAGCCAAAUUAACUGAUCAAUUACCAUUAAUUAUCGUUUGCGAUCGUUUCAACUUCGUCCAUGAUCUUGUCCUUUAUUUAUAUCGCAAUAAUUUAAUGAAAAACAUUGAAAUCUAUGUUCAACGAGUAAAUUCAGGUCGUUUACCUGUUGUAGUUGGUGGUCUACUCGAUGUCGACUGCAGUGAAGACAAUAUCAAGCAAUUGAUUCUCUCUGUCCGAGGAAACUUCAAUGUCGAUGAACUGGUUGAAGAAGUCGAAAAACGCAAUCGAACCAAAUUACUUUUGCCAUGGCUUGAAACUCGUGUUCACGACGGUAGUACCGACUCGGGUGUUCACAACGCCUUGGCGAAGAUCUAUAUCGAUUCGAAUAGCAAUCCCGAGAAAUUUCUUCGUGAUAAUCCACAUUACGAUAGUCGAAUUGUAGGCAAAUACUGCGAAAAACGCGACCCACAUUUGGCUUGCGUUGCUUAUGAACGUGGCGGUUGCGACAUGGAACUUGUCAAUGUUUGCAACGAAAACUCGCUAUUUAAAAGCGAAGCACGCUACUUGGUUCGUCGUAAGGAUCCUGCACUAUGGGAACAUGUCUUACGUGAAGAUAACCAAUAUCGUCGACCAUUGAUCGAUCAAGUUAUUCAAACUGCGCUAGCUGAAACGCAAGAUCCUGAAGAAAUAUCUAUUACAGUCAAAGCCUUCAUGACUGCUGAUCUACCAAAUAAUUUAAUUGAAUUAUUAGAAAAAAUUGUUAUUGAUAAUUCCGUAUUCAGCGAACACCGUAAUUUACAAAACUUACUCAUUUUAACUGCAAUCAAAGCUGAUCGUACGCGUGUUAUGGAUUAUAUUAAUCGUCUAGAGAAUUACGAUGCACCAGAUAUCGCCAAUAUUGCAAUUAGUAAUCAAUUAUACGAAGAAGCGUUCUCAAUUUACAAGAAAUUCGAAGUCAACACAUCGGCCAUUCAAGUGCUCAUUGAUCACAUAAAAAACCUUGAUCGCGCUUAUGAAUUCGCUGAACGUUGUAAUGAACCAGCUGUAUGGAGUAUUCUGGCUAAUGCUCAAAUCCGUCAAGGACUCGUCAAAGAAUCGAUUGAUUCAUUCAUCAAAGCAGACGAUCCAACAUCAUACUUGGAAGUUGUCAAUGUUGCAACACAAAAUCAAAGUUGGGAAGAUUUGGUUCGCUAUUUACAAAUGGCACGCAAGAAAGCCCGAGAAACAUUCGUCGAAACCGAAUUGGCAUUUGCUUAUGCCAAAACCAAUCGUCUCGUUGAUCUGGAAGAAUUCAUUACGUCGCCCAAUCAUGCUCAAAUCCAAGCAGUUGGAGACCGAUGUUUCGAAGAAGGAAUGUAUGAAGCAGCUAAAAUCCUCUACAACAACAUUUCCAACUAUGCUAAAUUAGCUGUUACAUUAUGCUAUUUGGGUGAUUAUCAAAGUGCAGUCGAUAGUGCACGUAAAGCAAACUCAACAAAAACAUGGAAAGAAAUUUGCUUUGCUUGUAUCGAAAAACAAGAAUUUCGUUUGGCACAAAUUUGCGGUAUUCAAAUUGUCGUUCAAGCUGAAGAAUUAGAAGAAUUAAUCAAUUUCUACCAAAAUCGUGGCUAUUUCGAAGAGGUCAUUCAAUUACUCGAAGCUGCACUUGGUCACGAACGUGCGCACAUUGGAAUGUUCACGGAAUUAGCUAUUCUUUAUUCGAAAUACAAACCACAGAAAAUGCGCGAACAUUUGGAAUUGUUCUGGUCACGUGUCCGAAAGCCCAAAGUUUUACGUGCAUGCGAACAAGCUCAUCUCUGGUCAGAACUAGUCUUUCUCUACGACAAAUACGAGGAGUUCGAUAAUGCAAUCAUAACAAUGAUAGCACAUCCAUCGGAAGCUUGGCGUGAAAAUCACUUCAAGGAUAUCAUUGGUAAAGUGGCCAACAUUGAAUUUUUUCAACAACCAGGUUUUGGUGCUGGUGGCUAUCCUCCAUACGGUGGAGCACCUGGCUAUUCAGGAUACUAG